AUGGACGACGCCGGGUCCAACCAUUCUCUGGCAUCCUCCAGCGAGAAGCAACAGGCAGAGGAUCUCCAAGGAACCAAGACAAGUCAGUGCUCCGUCACCACCGUCUACAAGGCCUACAUCGCCGGCGGCGCCCGAAUAGUGACGGUGGUCUGGUCGAAGACCCUCAUCAGCCAUUCCCUCUCCGUCGUCGUCGAACAUCUCGACGGCAGCGCCGCCGCCGCCCCCCCCCUCGUGUGCAAGAUCGACCUCAAGCCAUGGCGGCCAUUCUGGAGCAAGAAGGGGCUCAAGUCCCUCGAGCUGGAGAAUCACCGCGUCGACGUCUACUGGGACCUCCGCUCGGCCCGCUUCUCCAGCCGGCCGGAGCCCGCCGGCGGCUACUACGUCGCCCUGGUCUGCGACGAGGUGGUGGCGCUCCUGCUGGGGGACUCCAAGAAGGAGGCCUUCAAGAGGACCAAGGCGAGGCCCUCCUUGGCCGACGCAACCCUAAUCUCGAGGAGAGAGAACGUCUUCGGCAGGAGGAGCUUCUCCACGAGGGCGAGAUUCGGGGACCUGAAGAGGGAGCACGAAAUCGUCGUGGAGAACUCCAUUUCCGGUAUGGCGGAGCCAGAGAUGUGGAUAAGUAUCGACGGCGAUGUCGUCGUUCACGUAGACAACCUCCGGUGGAAGUUCAGAGGGAAUGAGACAGUGGCGGUGGAGAGGACCCCGGUGCAGAUCUUCUGGGACGUCCAUGGCUGGCUGUUCGGCGCCGCCGUAGGCCUCGGCCACGCGGUCUUCAUCUUCAAGCCGAGCCCGCCGGAAACGACGGAAGCGUCGGGGGAAGACGAUAGACAGCCCGCCGCCGCCGUGGUCUCCUCCUCCAUGGCCCCGGAGUUCUGCUUCGUGCUCAACGCUUGGAAGCUGGAGUAG